AUGGGCUUGGUUCAAUUUGAAGACGGAAAUGUCAUCUACUAUCCAUAUGUCCCCUCGGCCGGCGCUGGGUAUGCUUUUCUGGUCUUAUUCGGCCUGGUAACCCUGGUUCAUAUCGUGCUCAUGUUCAAAACACGAACAUGGUAUUUUAUUCCCAUGAUACUGGGUGGUAUAUGCGAAACUUUUGGAUAUUACGGACGAGGUUGGGCUGGUAGUGAGCCCAAUAGGCCUGGACCUUUCAUGCUACAACUCAUGCUCAUCCUUGUCGGACCUGUCUUCAUUGCAGCGACCAUCUACGUCACCCUCGGCCGAUACAAGCAAAUGAUGCUAAACGAACCGACGCGCCGCUGCAGCCCAACUUCAUUCUUUAUACUCACCGACAUCAUUGCGUUUUGCACUCAGAUUGGUGGAUCUCUAGUGCAAGUGACAGGCAAUCUUAAAAUCAUGAAGAUUGGCGACAAAGUUGUUCUGGGAGGGCUUAUAUUCCAACUCUGUGUUAUGGCUGUCUUUCUUGCCUUAAUCAUAAGAUUCUACAGGCUGGCUCACCGCACUAUCCUUCUCCGUGGACGCUGGCGUUGGGCCAUCAUCAUGCUGGCAGUCUCCAUUGUGGUUAUCUGGGUCCGCAAUUUGGUUCGAGUAAUCGAGUUCGGGCAAGGAUUUCAUGGGUUUGUCAGUCAGAACGAGGCUAUGCUGUACAUAUUUGACGCGUUUCCGAUGAUUUCGGUGAUGAUCCUGUUCAUUAUCUUUCAUCCUUGA